AUGAAAACUAAAUAGAAAUUAGUUAAACCUUUUAAGUGAGCAGGGACCUGUGUGCCAUUCGAACACGAUCAUGAAGAACCUAAUUGGUAUCAUUUUUGGUCUUCUAUUGGCUUCAUCUGCUUCGGCUAUGCCAAGAUUCGAUGAUCAACUUCGAGAAUUAGUCGAAAGUGUUCGACAGCAAUUACCUUGUGGAUUUCCAACUGCUGGAAUUCCACCAUUAGCGCCAUAUAGAAACCAGUUACAUCAAUUCGAUUUGAAUAAUCGUGGAACAGAUCUUUUGGGAAACUUUACAAACCUCAUUAUCACAGGAAUUGAUGGUUUCGAUGUCAAAGAACUCCACUAUGCCACACUUUUGAUGAAGCUAAAUUUCGAUGUGAAUUUUAGUCAAAUUAAACUCUUCAGUCAAUACUACGCCAAAGGUGGUGUUCAAAUAUUUGGAAGAAACUUUUCAUUAGUCGGAAAUGGUGAUUUUGAUUUACUAGCCGAAAAUAUUCGUAUUAAUGGAAGUUUUCAUCUUCGUCCAACAACAUCGAAUGGCUUGAAAAUAUGGAAUUUUAAAAGUUCUUUCAAUAUGGAUGGAGUAAAGUCGCAAACUACGGGAAUUCUGAAUAGUCCUUUGUAUAGUGGUUUUUUCAACUCCUGGGUUGAAGAAUUCGUUAGGAUUCUUGUGGACGAAAACAGAGAUCACAUUGGCAAUAAAAUUGGAAGUUAUAUUGUGCCUGCUGUUAAUCAACAACUGAAGAAGGUAUCGGUAUUGGAGCUGAUUGGAGUUAUUUUAGGACUUGGUGCACCAGAUAGUCCUUUGUUUCCAGUUUGUCAAGUUUAGUGGUAAAAAAAUGUAGGAAAUUAUGAAUAAAUUUGUUAUUGGUUGAA